UUGAGGCAGCUCGACGACAGGUCCUGCAGUAGCUUCGCCUUGAAUUUCUCUCGCGACUUCGGCCCUACUCCACCACGACCCACGUCCCGCUCUCCCUUGCACUGUUUGCCUGCCUGCUACCCGCUUGGUCCAGCUGUCCAGCUAGCUAGCACUUUGCUCAAUCAAUCGCGCGACCCAUUCUAUAAAAACUUGUGGCUUCUCAGCUUCACCUGCUGCUCAACCACAUCCGCAUCCUCCGCCAUGGCUCCUACCACCACCACCAUCCCUUCCAAUGCCGUCUACGAUUUCGUUAUCGUGGGCGGUGGCACCGCUGGCUGCGUCAUCGCCUCCCGUCUCUCCGAGUACCUUCCCGACAAGAAGGUUCUCUUGAUCGAGGCUGGCCCCAGCGAUUUCAUGGACGACCGUGUGCUGCUCCUCAAGGAUUGGUUGAACCUCCUCGGCGGCGAGCUCGACUACGACUACGGCACCACCGAGCAACCUCAGGGCAACUCCCACAUCCGCCACUCGCGCGCCAAAGUCCUGGGCGGAUGCUCUUCCCACAACACCCUCAUUUCCUUCCGUCCCUUUGAAUACGACUGCAAGAGAUGGGAGGCUCAGGGUUGCAAGGGCUGGAGCUUCAAGACCUUCACCCGUGUCUUGGACAACCUGCGCAACACCGUCCAGCCCGUGCACGAGAACCACCGCAACCAGCUCUGCUUGGACUGGAUCGACUCGUGCUCCAAGGCCCUGGACAUCCCCGUUAUCCACGACUUCAACCACGAGAUCAGAUCCAACGGCGCCCUCAAGCCCAGCGUGGGCUUCUUCUCCGUCUCGUACAACCCCGAUGAUGGAAGGCGAAGCAGUGCUUCCGUCGCCUACAUCCACCCGAUCCUGAGUGGCGACGAGAAGAGGACCAACUUGACCGUCCUCACCAACGCAUGGGUCAACAAGGUCAAUGUCAAGGGCGACAAAGUUACUGGCGUCGACCUUUCCCUUCAGAACGGCGAGAAGCGAACCCUGAGCCCCAGGUGCGAGACUAUCCUCUGCGCUGGUGCUGUCGACACCCCUCGAUUGCUCCUCCUGUCUGGUAUCGGUCCCAAGGACCAGCUCACCUCUCUCGGAAUCCCCGUCGUAAAAGACAUUCCCGGUGUUGGUGAGAACCUGCUCGACCACCCAGAGAGUAUCAUCAUCUGGGAACUCAACAAGCCCGUCCCCGAGAACCAAACCACCCAGGACUCGGACGCAGGCAUUUUCCUCCGCCGCGAGGCUCCCAACGCCCGAGGCGAUGACGGCGAAGUCGUCGAUAUCAUGAUGCACUGCUACCAAAUCCCCUUCUGCCUAAACACCGCUCGUCUUGGCUAUGAUACCCCCAUCAAUGCUUUCUGCAUGACCCCCAACAUCCCCCGCCCCCGCUCCCGCGGCCGCAUCUACCUCACCUCCUCCGACCCCACUGUCAAGCCCGCUCUCGACUUCCGCUACUUCACCGAUCCCGAAGGCUACGACGCCGCCACCAUCGUUGCCGGCCUCAAAGCCGCACGAGAAGUCGCAAAGCAAGCCCCCUUCAAAGACUGGCUCGUCCGCGAAGUCGCCCCCGGCCCGGAAAUUCAGACCGACGAGCAGCUCUCCGAGUACGGCCGUCGCGUUGCCCACACCGUCUACCACCCCGCCGGUACCACCAAGAUGGGUGACGUCCGCACCAACCACAUGGCUGUUGUCGACCCGGAGCUUAAGCUCCGCGGCUUCAAGGGCGUCAGAAUCGCCGACGCCGGUGUCUUCCCUGAGAUGCCGACCAUCAACCCCAUGUUGACUGUCCUUGGUAUCGGCGAGCGCGCUGCCGAGUUGAUUGCCGCUGAGUGGGGCUGGAAGGGUCUCCAGAGGGAGAAGUUGUAA